AUGAGCACGGAUGGCGGAGAUUGCGGACCUGUCCGCGCCGAACAGACAGGGUUAUACUACAUUCUAUCUGGUCUUGGCUACCGUUUUGAUAUAGGAUGGUUUUUUGAAUCUACUUCACCAUUUAUGUGGGCUGAUCUUGGGAUUGGUCUUGCCAUCUCAUUAUCUGUUGUUGGCGCUGCAUGGGGUAUCUUUGCAACAGGUUCUUCGAUCGUAGGUGGCGGUGUCAAAGCUCCUCGUAUCAAGACUAAGAAUCUUGUCAGUAUCAUCUUCUGUGAAGCUGUUGCCAUUUACGGAAUCAUUAUGGCUAUCGUCUUGAGCAAUAAUAUCGCUCCCUAUGAUACUACAGGUUCAAGUGCUAUCUUAAGGCAAAAUUAUUUUGGAGGCUACUCCAUAUUUGCUGCUGGUUUAACGGUUGGAUUAUCGAAUUUAGCCUGUGGUAUUUGUGUCGGUAUCGUAGGAAGCGGUGCUGCCUUAGCUGAUGCUCAGAACGCGUCCCUUUUCGUCAAGGUACUUAUCGUGGAAAUUUUUGGUAGUGCUAUUGGACUGUUUGGUGUAAUCAUUGGUAUCAUUCAGGUUAGCAAGUCUGGUAUGGGAAAUAAACUACCUGCUUAGCAAAUCUGCUGUUGGAAAUAAAAUUAAGAAAAAGCCUCCAAAGUUUGAAAACCUAGUCUAAAAUUGCUUGAAGCUAACGUUGCUAUUCAUUUUUCAACAUGUAAAUUAUGCAACAAAGAUCUGAAAUAAU